AUGAAAACUUCCGCUACAACGGACCACGUUCAUGAUAUUGACAAACAAAUUCGACAACUGCCAAAGAAGAUUCUAUUGAUGGAGGCUCAACAACAGAAAGCAGGGUGUGGUCAUGAUCCAAAACAAGAACAAGAUCACUAUAAAGGCAUUUUUGUUGGGAUAAAAAAGGUAAUUAAGUUUGAGGAUGUUAAAGAGUUGGGAAGUGUGCCUGCUGUUAAGCAAUCAGCUAUGAAGGAAUAGAAAACUGAUAUACAAAAUGUCAAAAAAAGGGUUUUUUUGGUGGAAAAAGAAUAGUGUAAUUGAAAUACAUGGAAAGGGAAAUGUUGGAUGAGAUCAGAUAAUCAAAACAGUGGAUGUCCAAGUCAGUCCUUUGGUUUUUUUUCUCACUUUUGCUAAUCAUAGUGCCAGAUCCACCUUUAGCUAUGAAAUCAGAUUAGUACGGAUAGAUGGGUUUGCGGUUUUAUGAGCACACAGAUUUAGCUACAGUUUUAUGAGUUUUUGGCAAAAAUAUCUAUGAGGUUAGUUCAAUUAUGUAUUCAGAAUAUUGUUUUUGGUUUUGUCCAUGGAUUCUUUUCUUCAGGGUUCUGACUGGAAGGUGAAGAUUUCUUUUUUUAUUACUCUCAUUUUUUCCAUUUGGAGCAGUAAUAAGAAGAAGACAUCGAUGUGGUGAUUUGAAUAACCUUCCUGCUGCCUUGCUCCACGUUUGAACCAGAUGCCCUGUUAAGGUCGUUGUGUAUCUUGGUGACAUGGCGGGGGUACGUGUGGUUGAAAGAAGAGAAAGCAAAACACUUGCAGCAACAGAUGAAAGAAGGUAACUCUCAUUACAACCCGGUUAAAUUCUUUAGAUUUGGAGCUAUAAUUGCAAGGUUGCAACAUUUUUUAUUUUUUGCUGAAUAUUAAACUAAUACAAUCAUUUUGUUUGUUAUAGACCUCCAAUUACAACUACUCAUUUUUAAUAAUUGUUUGUUUUAAUAUUGCAUGUGA